GCAUUAUGGAACAAUACGCUCCAUACUCGAACUGGUCCAACACCUGAACUGGUCCAAAACCUGAACUGGUCCAAAACAUCGUGGAAUUGAUUUUGGAUUUAACUAAGUAACUUAAGAUCAUAUAUCCCAAAUCUGCUGUGAAGAUUGACAAGUUCAGAGUGCGUGUUACUUAGAUAGAAACAGCGUACCUAAUUGCUUGUGGUUACAAUCUUUAAAAUUCUUCUCUCUUUCAAAAUAUAUUAUAUCUGGGUUUGUAGCUGUAUUUUACAAUCUUACCCUUAUCUACACAAUAUUAAAUCAUUUAAUAAUAUUCAAAAUAUUUCAACUAGGUAUUGGCCUGGAUUAGCCAACCGUCUUCACCAAUCAAUCUUGGCCAUUAUUCUUAUUACUUCCAUUGAUCCAAAGCUUAAAACAUGUACCAGUCUUCCUUUUCACAAAAAAUGUUUUUGUCUUGUUUUACAAUUAUUAGUCUUCCUUAUCACCAUCUGUUUUAUAUUUUGUUUUGAACUUCUUCUUUUUUAAACUAAUUACAGAAUUGAAUCCUAAAAUUACUUAUUAUAAUCAGCACGUAGUAAGUAUUGCAUUAUUUCUGAAUCUAUAUACAUUGUUUCGUACUUUAUAUAUAAAUAUUUUAGUACAAAAAGUUAAAUAUCAAGAUGUCCAUGACAGCAGGUUAUAGAAUGAAUAACAGACUCACUGCAACAGAAAAACUGGAAGCCCAAUACAGAGAGAAGAGAGUAGUCACACCCUUUUCAACUCAGUCAUUAAACAGAUUCGUGGAAGUUAGAAAAGCACCAUCUGCUGAUUCCACAAAGAAGCGUAAACCGAAUGAGAACACUCAGUUCAGAAAGUUUUACGAGAGAGGUGACCUACCCAUUGCCUUGGAACAUGAUACGAAAGGUAACAAAAUCGCUUGGAAAGUUGAAAUCGAGAAGCUCGACUAUCAUCAUUAUCUUCCGUUAUUUUUCGACGGCUUAAAAAAUACCAAGCAUCCCUAUCGCUUUUUUGCAUGUCAAGGUAUUCACGACAUGUUAGAGCAUGGAAGUCAGAAAGUAUUGUUGGUUAUUCCGCAACUCAUCGUUCCCAUUCGAGACGCGCUUGAUACAAGAGAUCCUGAAGUUAUUUGCACAACAUUAAAGAUACUGCAACACCUGGUCGUCUGCUCUGAUUUGGUUGGUCAAGCACUUGUACCGUAUUAUCGGCAAAUUUUACCGAUUAUCAAUAUUUUUAAAGAGAAAAAUAUAAAUUGCGGAGAUCGCAUCGACUACAGCCAACAAAAGCGUGAAAAUAUCGGUGAUUUGAUCAACGAAACGCUGGAAUUAUUUGAAAGACACGGGGGUAAGGAUGCGUUUAUCAACAUCAAGUAUAUGGUACCUACAUACGAGUCGUGCUUGCUAAACUGAUCUCUUGCGGCAUAUUUUUGUUAAUGUCGCAUCCCAUCGACUGUACAAAUUCUUUUGUUCAUAUUUGCUGGAUUAUAAUUAGGAUAUGCUCGGGGUAAGUAAUUUACUAGUGGAGGAUUUUCGGAUAUAUUGAAGUUAUUAUGAGUAAUAACUGAAGGUAAAAGAUUAUUCAUUUUUCGCUUUCUUGAGGGUUAUUCUCAGACUACUAUUUAGUUACGUUCUUUUCUUAGUCCUUCGAAGAGUUAGCUAAUUGUGAUAUUUUUUUAUCGUUAAAUUGAUUGAUUAUUAAUAUAAUUUAUUUUUUAACUAAAGUUAUUUUUAUGUAAAUUUGCAUGACUGAAAGUAUACAUACAUAUAUAUUGAUAA